AUCGCUCGCUACAUACUGGUAGCCGAUUAGCUUUAAUUACGUUAUCUAUACAGUAAGCAAAAUUCGCACAAAGCAGUUUAAUUAUAAUUUUUGCCGAUAGCAUCAGACGGAAUGUCGAUCAUAACCUGUGAGGAAUUACAAUCGAUGUGAUGGUGUAAUUAGUGCUGUGUCGUGAUUGUGCACGUUAAAAAGUGUUUUGUAUCAUGUGGGGAGCGGCAGUGUCCAAUCCACCGCGAUAUCAUUAUAUUCAGGGCCCUCCAGGUCCAGGGUCCAUCUCGCAAGGGAUGCCAAGUGGUCAUGUUUUAUUAGGACCCCCUAACCAGAGACACUUGAGACCGCAGUCAUCGUACUCUUUACCACAUGGGAGUAACGGACCGGGUCGAUGGAGUUGGUCUGGUAGCCAUGUAUCAUCUUUUGACAGAAGACAAUUGAAAGUGCCGCCGCAACCUGCGCGACCUGCGCCCGUUCGGCCAGCAUACAAUAAACAUGUUGGCACUAAUAAGGUCGACCCUGAGCUGAUCUUCACGAAACAGGAGAAGAUCGGCAAGGGUUCCUUCGGUGAAGUGUUCAAAGGUGUCGACAAUAGGACACAGCAAGUGGUCGCCAUAAAGAUUAUAGACCUCGAGGAAGCUGAAGAUGAAAUCGAGGACAUUCAACAGGAGAUUAUGGUGCUAUCGCAGUGCGAUAGUCCAUAUGUCACCAAAUAUUUUGGAUCCUACUUGAAGGGAACGAAAUUAUGGAUUAUAAUGGAAUAUCUCGGCGGCGGUUCGGCCCUGGACCUUAUGAAAGCGGGCAGUUUCGAAGAGAUGCACAUAGCGGUCAUCUUGCGGGAGGUACUCCGAGGGUUAGACUAUCUUCAUUCGGAGAAACUCCAUAGGGAUAUAAAGGCGGCCAACGUACUCCUCAGUGAAAUGGGCGAUGUAAAAUUGGCUGAUUUUGGUGUUGCUGGUCAAUUAACGAACACGACAAGUAAACGGAAUACAUUUGUCGGCACGCCGUUUUGGAUGGCGCCUGAAGUGAUAAAGCAAUCGUGCUACGACAGCAAAGCGGAUAUAUGGUCGUUGGGCAUUACGGCGAUAGAGCUCGCCAAAGGCGAACCCCCAAACUCUGAAUUGCACCCCAUGAGGGUCCUUUUCCUAAUACCUAAGAAUAAUCCCCCGCAACUCACAGGCAGUUAUUCGAAGCCAUUCAAAGAGUUCGUCGAGGCGUGUCUGAACAAAGAUCCGGAGAAUAGGCCGACAGCAAAAGAAUUACUAAAGUUCCAAUUCAUCAGGAAGGCAAAGAAGAAUUCAUAUCUAAUGGAUCUUAUAGAUAGGUAUAAGAAGUGGAAGGCGCAGAGGAGUGAGGAGAGUGAAACAGAAUCAGAAAAUUCAGAUUCCGAGGAGUGCAGUCGCGGCGACGGUGAGUCGGACGAGUCUGGAUGGAUCAUGACGGUGCGUGGCGGUGCGACCGCUAGAGCACUCCAGUCGCAGCCUCUGCCGCCGCUGCAGCCGCUGCAAUUGCCAGAUGAUAACAAGCGACGAGUGCCCGCUGAAGAUGCUGCGAUCCCGUCGCCGACGUCGCCGGCGGCGCCGCUGCCGAAGCAGAACGGCGCGGUGCAGGCGCAGGUGCCGGCGCGCGAGCCGCCCGCCGCCGACAAGCCGCCCGACAAGCCGGCACCGCUCAACAACAACGACAAGCACGCAGCACGGCAGUCGGUGCAAGCGUCGGUCGAGCAGCGAAACAUCAAAGAGAGGGAAAGAGAGCGAGCAGAGAGAGACAGGGAGGAGAGAAAGGAUAGACAAGAACACCAAUCCUCGAACAGGGACAGUGUAGUUUAUAAUAAAGCUGCAACACCGUUGGAUCACAGAGGGGCGAACAGCGAAGAGAACAAAGCGCGAAGACACCCCUAUCUGCAGCAACUUAUCUAUCCACUACUUAACGAGUUGUCCCGUAAGCACGGCGCAGGCAGCGCGGCCGCCAUCGAGGAGUUACGACGGGCGUUCGAGGUGGCCGAGCGCAGCGCGCCUCACCUCACGCGCGCCUUUGUGCAGCAGGUGGUACAGAGGGUGGCCACGCAGUCCCACCAACCUUCGACCCCCUCACACAAUGCGUCUUCACAACAGUGGAUGAGUUAGGGACUUAUAAUCUCUGGGCGGCGCCUCUGCUACACGCCGCCGCCAGUUCAAACACCGCCACCUUAUCUCUCGCUGCACCACACGUCACCCGAUCUCUGGAUACUGACUGUCCGUAUGUCUGUAAUUUCUGCUGUCGCGUCGACAGUGCCAUCUGGAUACUUUGUGUGAACUAUCGUCCAUUCUCGGCGGUAUAAUCUUGCCUAGUAAACGUAGGGCCAAGAAUAAUUGUGAUUAAAAUCGUUUGGCAUACAUAGCAAGGAAUCUUUCUAAAUUCACCCUGAGUUUCAACUUGAAAUUCAUCUGAGUGUUACAGAUUUUACGCGUCCGCUUCUAUACGUGAAAUCUUUUUAUUUUCUAGUAUUUCAUUAGUAUCUUUGUCGAUAUUAACUGCUAUUUUUUGUAUGUUAGUUUAUUUUAUGAGACAAUUCAAUAUUUAUGAUCGAAUACCAGGAUUUUAAACAAAUUUAAUCGAGUAACACCUAAGUAAUGUGCAAUAGUUUAGGGUAUUGUAAAUAUGUUAUUACGAUUGUGAUACUAUAUUGUUUUUCUAAACAAUAAAUCAGACAAGUUUACAAUACAAAAAACUGUCAUGUUAACAGAUAGAAUUGUUUAAAUUUCGACUUUCAAUAUAAAAUUUAUUUUAACUGCCGUACGAGAUCAUUGUUAGUCAAAAUUACUGUCGAAUGAUAAAUUGAACGUUUUAUACAAAAAGACGAAUUUUGAUUAAAUAUUGUAAUUAUUUAUGUCCGCUUAAUUUACAUUUUAAAUUCGGCGAUGCCCGACUAGUUUCGAACUCCGUAGGAGCCCUAAUUCAUGAACGCGGUUCACGGCUGUGUCGUGAGUAUACAUCGCUCGAUUAUUUUUUUGAUUUCAUUUUAUUUUUAAUUAUUUUAUUUAAAAUUUUCGACCGGCGACCAUGUCGUGUGAAAUACACAUGAAAAAUACGGAUUGUAUUGAAAAAUACAUUGAACCUUUCUUUUUUAAGUUAAUAGCAACAUAAUGGAGAUCAUAGCAUUUCAUUGUAUUUGUCUUUUAAGAGGUAAGCAGAGAGAAUUAAGAAUCAAGGGGUCCUCCAAGGCUAGAGCAUGUAAACGAUGUGUUUGCAUCUUCAUAUAUUGUCAUCGGACAAUACUUUUGAUUAACUACAUUUAUUAAUGUAGAACCAAGUUGUAACUCUUUGAGUAAUUUAAUGAAAAUAUUACCCAACAGGCACAGUAUAAGUGCUAUACGAAUCGCUUUCUUAAUACUAGGUAUUAUGCUACACGUACACGUAAAAGAAUGAGAGGCCAAACGUGUUGUAUCGUUCUUUCUUAUGUGUAGUUGAGAAUUCGUUUCUAAUUUAUACAAAUUACCGGUCGGGUUAGUCCUCCUAAGCAAGUGAUAAACGAAUCUAUCAAUAGAUGCCUUAGAGCUGCCAUAUUCACGAGAUAGAACAAGACAGCAACUUCUGAUGUCUCGUUUUUUCUUAUACGCGCGGUAACAGGUAUGUAUUUACUGAUAGAUUUGUUUCCUAUUUGUUUAGAAAGGCCAUAUCAGUGAAUAGAUUUGGAUCACAAUUGUAAUUUCUAUGCUGAUGUUACUUUGAACAGGUUUACUAUAAAAUGGACGAUAUAUACCUCUCAGAUAGUCGUGAAUCGCAUUAGGAUAAUGCGCAAAUAAAGUCACACUUAGAUUUCCUUUGCAUGUUUUUCCUUACAUAUUUAAAUAAUCUUGAAAGCUAACAUCUUAAAUUUAUUUUUAUCAUAGCCGUCGAGAAAUUUCUAGACGCUCGUAGCCAGUAACGUAUUGGGGUAUUCGCUAUCACGCCUUUGUGAAUAUUGAAUGGAGACGCAUCGAACAUUGAAAAUGGCCUAACACAAAAAGCAUUCAUUUGGAUUUAAUAUUUAUAAUAGUCAUUUAGAAGCCAUUUUUCAGAACCAUUUUAUUUGUCUUAUGCCAUUUUAUAUGCCGAGCGUCGACGCGUGUAGCAACAGAGUCACAAAGUUGCAAUGCCAUAGUGUUAUAGAUAAAAAAAUAUAACAUAAUGAAUACUUAAAGAUGGUUAUGUCUUAACAUAUUUUAUAUUGUAUACGUUAUUUAUGUAAAUAUCACUUAGUUCACACCACGCAUCAUGUUAUUGUCAUGCUAACGACUAUUGAUGGUUAUUCAGUGUAUUGAACUAUGUUUUGUUCUAUCCGUUCUAUAUAAAGUUUUAGCGAAUGUUUAUUUAUACUGUAUUCGUCACCAUUUGUUCGUAGAUGUACUAAUGUGGUCGAGAGGCCGUGUGUUUAGUUUUCACUGUGAGUCGUUAUUAUUACGUAGUAUAAUUAUUGUCAGCGGCUGUUUGUUGAAUGCUUGAGUUUGUUUUGCAAACGUAUUGGAAAUGUAACUUUAAAUAUUCGUGGAGAGCUGUUAUGCUACACUUCGCCAAUAUUUUGCCAUAAUUUUUUUUUUCUAAAAUAUUUUUUACUAACAUGAGUUUUUUGUAUAGUCUGAUUUUUGUUGUGAUCACUGUUCUAAAUUCUAACAUAUUGUAUGUUUUAAAGAGAUGUUAUGAAACUUUGUGUACAUUCUGUUUUAAGUGUCAUUCCAGACAAAAGACAGCAUUGUCAGCAUUUAUAGAUUUUAUUGUUUUGUAACUUGUGUUUUCGAUUCAACAUUGUGAGUUUUGAACAUCUGUGAACUACAUACAUACGUUAUAAAAAUUGUUAUAAAUUUCUUAGAUUAAUUAUCAAAACUUAGUUUUUAAUUAUGUAUUUGGCUACUUACCGAUUUAAAUUAAUUAGUUACUAAUAUUUUAUUCUGAAAAUAAUGUGAAAAAAAAAAGUUUUAUUUCUAUUGAUUUUACACGAAGAGAAAUAAGUGGUUGUAGGGCGAAUCGGAAAAGUGUAUUUGUGGAUAAAGUAUUCAGGCACCAACGACCAUUCGGUGUCGAUAUAAAUAAAAACAUGCUUAACAUGCGACAAUAUUUAGCAAUUGGGAGUAUUUAAGAUAUAUUAUUAUGAAGACAACAAAACAAUUAUUAAUGCUGUGUAAAAAUGUAAACCUUAUUAUAAAUGUAUAAAUUGUGUAGUAUAAUAUAAAGAAGCUGUUUAUGAAGUGUUCUUAUAAGCAUAUGGAGAGUAGAUAAUGUCUUUCCAAUUAACCUAUCUCUGUGCAGUCCGGAGUGGGGCCCAAACUAUUUUCAACUAGUUUCUAGUGUCCUGAUUCACCUUGCUGCUGUUUGAACGUAGAAAGGUUACUAAUAUUGCCUCUGAUGUGUAGUAUAAGCAAUGGGUUUCACUCCCGACUGGCAUAUUUUGCCUUGACUUUUUGUUUCGUCAUGUGUAUCGAGCAUGGGAGAUGUUAAUUUCGAUGAAUCAAAAAUUAUUUUUCCACUUGAUUACUUACGGUAAUUGAAGCGAUUAGUGUUAGAGGUGGGCGAUAAUUGUUGAUUAUUGAUAAAAAUUAGGUGUUCAUGGCAUUGGAUCGUAGAAAGACAUGUUCGACAUCACCGCGCUGGGUGGUUGAAUAGAGGCGACGAGGCGACCUCUAGCGGCCGCUAUUCAGGCUGCCAGUGCCCGGUAGCGGAGCGUAGUUGUUAUUGUCAUCAGAUGUUGGAGAAUGUAGAGGACGACGUCGUUCGGUUCAUGGGUAUUUGUGAUCAUAAAUGCAUAGUUAAAAUAAAUUCUAUAUUAUUAUAAUAAAGUCUGUAUUGAAACCGGUAGUUGUUCUCUGUUAGAUGUGUUGUUCGCGGGUCACUUUUUGCGAAUUCACUCGUAUAUAUUAGCUCGUGGCUCGACGGCGUGGUAUAAAUAUCAAGCGUUGAUAUCGGAGGCUAAUUAAAGAUAUGGGAGUGCACAUGGUAUGUAUGCACAUGUGUGCGGAUUCCUCGAAACGUGACGCGCGAAGCAACACCGCAUAUUGAAAUAAAGUCACCGGCCCUCCACUCGUGCACCAAGUUGAAGCUAACGGCGCGUACCAUUAGUGUAAUGGUCAAUUAAUGUUACGGCGUCUGUCAUUCUAACACGUUUACGUAGGAAACAAAUUUGACUCGGAAUAAAGAAGUUAUUUAAUUUUGGAA